AUGGCUGGGCCUUCCUUGAGUUUCCAGGGCUGGAGGACUAUGUGGUGUUCUGACGUCCACAUUCAGGGACACCAGGAGCCAGGAGGUGAAGUCCUUGCCCUCACCUUUCAGGCACAAGUCAUCAGGGCACAGUUCACAGGAAGCCCAGACAGCACCAGGAGAGAAGGCACCCCGAAGGAGGCUUCUGUGGCUGCCAAGUCCUCUCCAAGCUUUCCUCAGUCCGCCACGCCCCCGACCAUGUCUGCCACUCCAUCGUUCAAGUCAGAUCAUGACUCCAGCACCCAAGAGGUGGAGCCAAGCACUUCAGAGCCCCUGCCAGAUGGCGGGUCCUUGCUUAAAGAUGCCAUAGAUGACAAGGUGGGGGACCUGGUGGACUUCCUGCUCCUGAAGUUUCGCAUGAAGGAGCCGACCACCAAGGCCGAGAUGCUGAGUAGCGUCAUCAAGAAUGACCAGGAGCGCUUCCCUGCGAUCCUCAGCCAGGCCUGCGAGUGCCUGCAGCUGGUCUUCGGCCUUGACGUGGAGCAGGCAGAGCCCAGCGGCGACUCCUAUGUCCUGAGCAACACCCUGGGCCUCACUCUCAAUGGGAUGCUGAGCCCCGAGCAGAGCGUGCCCAAGACAGGCCUGCUGGUAAAUAUCCUGGGCGUGAUCUUCAUGGACGGCAACUGCGCCCCAGAGGAGGACAUCUGGGAGGUGCUGGGGGCAGUGGGGGUAUAUGCUGGGAUGGAGCACUUCAUCUAUGGGGAGCCCAGGAAGCUCCUCACCGAAGUGUGGGUGCGGGAGCAGUACCUGGAGUACCGGCAGGUGUGCGGCAGUGAUCCCGCCCGCUACGAGUUCCUGUGGGGCCCCAGGACCCACGCUGAGACCAGCAAGAUGAAAGUGCUGGAGUUUCUGGCCAAGAUCAAUGAUACUGUCCCCAGUGCCUUCCCUAUCUGGUACGAGGAGGCCUUGAGAGAGCAGAGAGAGAAAUCUGGAACCGGCAAAGGGUCUGGGGCCGGCGUAGGGGCUGAGGCAGUAGGCGAGCCGGAGCUGGGGCCUGUUUCAGCGCCACAACCAGCACCUUCCCUGGCCCCAGGGAAUGUCUGA